CUAUCUGUCUUAUAAAUUAGUGAGUUACUUUCAACUUGAUUGUUUCCAUCAUUUGAAUAUAUUUUUAUGGACUCACUUGGUAUUGUUUACUUGAAUCUUCCCAUUGAUGUUUAAAAACUGCAAUUGAUCAGUUUCUUAUUGGCAUAUGUGUAUACUGUGCUUGUUGCUUGCAGUGGAAUCCAGGACGCAAGUUCCAUAGUGAACAUCAACUCGACUGACGAGUCCCGAAUAGGAAACAACGCGUGUUCUGAAUUCCAUGGCUAGCCACCAACCAUCUUUGCUUAUAAUGCUUGUGAAUUGAGGCAAUAUUGAGACAAUCCUUACAGGAUGUACAUAUGCUAGUAAGAAACUGAUCAAUUACGGUUCUAAACAUCCAUGGGAAGAUUCAAACAACCAAUACAAAAUGAAUUUAAACUUCACUCCAUUGCAUAAGCUAGUGGCUAUCAGGACUGAGUAGCUAAGUGGAUAACGAGAUGGCAUUUGAAGCGAAUGGUAAUGGUUUCGAGUCCCAGAGUGAACGUCAAUUCUGGACGAAACGCGUGUCGUAAAUUAUAUGAAAAUUUGCCAGCGUAUUAACUUCUUCUUAUUGACAACUAUUUUGUUUUUCACAUGAUAUUGAAAUACAUUUAUAAUUUACAUACGUUUUUAUGUGUAGGUCAGAGAGAUGCACCGAGGUAUUUCCAUAAAACCAACACUACUAUUAAACAGACUCACCACACCGCAACAACAACAGCAGCAGCAGCAAAAACAACUGCAAGGCAUUACCAUGUGACCUCAACUCCAAGAUAUUACACUACACCGAGGACUGCACUACACACUACUCAUCCCACACGAAAAACAUAUUACACUACACCGAGGACUGCACUACACACUACUCAUCCCACACGAAAAACAUAUUACACUACACCGAGGACUGCACUACACACUACUCAUCCCACACGAAAAACAUAUUACACUACACCGAGGACUGCACUACACACUACUCAUCCCACACGAAAAACAUAUUACACUACACCGAGGACUGCACUACACACUACUCAUCCCACACGAAAAACGACUCACCACACCGCAACAACAACAGCAGCAGCAGCAGCAAAAACAACUGCAAGGCAUUACCAUGUGACCUCAACUCCAAGCCACACUACUAAAGCCGUACAAAAGAAAUGUUUAAAGAAAAUGAAACCAAACGAUUUGAUGAACUUAAUAUUUGGCCUGAUUCCUCGAAUAAAAACAAUUGAAUUCGCAGAAAACGAAAAUCUUCAAAAGCUUGCAGAACUUUUCGAGGAAUUAUUCAAACAUUAAAUGAAUGUAAAACAUUCUUUUUUAACGAAAAUACCAGUUAAAGCGAAAUUUUCUUAAUACACUAUCAAUUCAUUAUUCAAUAAUUUGUUUUUGAUAAUGAUAAUAAUAAUUCACUUGAUAUUGUUUGGCUUGUAUCUUCCCAUUGAGGUUUAAGACUGCAAUUGAUCAGUCUGUUAUCGGCAUAUGUGCAUACUGUGCGCAUGCCUCGAUAUUG